CCAAAAAGACAAAGAUGAUCACGAAAGUAGUACUCGCAGGGGCCACUGGGAGCCUAGGUUCCCAGACUCUUGUGGCGCUCCUCAAUCAGGGAUUCAAGGUUACUGUGUUGACUCGUACGCCUAAAGAAUUUCCAGCCGGAGUUGCCGUCAAAGUUGUCGACUUUGGUUCCACAGAAUCGUUAGCUGCAGCUGUAACAGGCCAAGAUGCAGUCAUUGACAACACUUUCACGGAGGACAUUGAGACGCCGUUGCGUCUCAUAGAUGCAGCAGCAGCCAGUGGUGUCUAUCGCUUUGUUACAAGUGAUUAUGGGCUUGAUCCGGAAAUCCCUGGAGUUCGCGACAUGCCAGUCUUUGCGCGCAAACGAGAGUCUUACCGUGCCGUCAAAGAGCAAGUUGGGAAAUCAGGCAUGACAUACACUCUAAUUGUCGUCGGAUGCUUUCUUGACUGGUGUCUUUCGAACACAUUCGCUGGAAUUGACCUAAAAGCAAAAUCAGCAACCCUGUUCGAUAGCGGAGAUAAUGUGGUUCCCUGGACAACUCUGGAAGACGCCGGUAAAGCAACUGCCGGUGCUCUUCUGAGACCCGAAGAAACUCUGAAUAGACCAGUGUACGUGCACAGCGCCUUCUUGUCCCAAAUUGAACUUUUGCGAAUCUCGCAAGAUGUCCUGGGGAAGGGCGGUUGGAACACAACGUGCCAGGAGAUGCAGCCCCUGUUGGAUCAAGCUUUGGCAGAUCUGCGUUCCGGGAACAUUACCCCGAUGACUUUUGGUGUACAAAUACAAUAUUGUAUUGCCAAAAGAUCACUUGCACACCCAUGGGAAAGGGAUGAUAACUCUCUUGUCGGUGUCGAAGAGAAGACGAACGAGGAGCUAAAAGCUUUGGUCCGCCAGCUUAUUGCUGUAUGAGGUAAGAAUCCUUAUGUAUCGCGCAUUUUUGUGCGACUUCGCCAAUUAAAUGAGGAAAACCUCAUCCAUUAGAUAUCUAUACUGAAUACAUUGUUAAUGUUGCGU